CAUGAUUUUAAGAUAAUAUUUCUUUAGUCCAGCACAAACCAGUAGUUCAGCAGAAGCUCAAACAGGAAUAGCCCUGUCUCUUAGAACAGCUGCAGAACGUUUACAAGCUGAUUUCUUCCAGUAUUGUCUUGCCAAGAAAUCUGAACUCUUCUACAGUAGGCUGGCCCUUCUUCAACAAUCUCAGUAUAAUGCAUUCAGAUACCCAGUUCAGCAGCUUCCAGCAGAACCUGUCUCUCCAUCUCUUUCCCAUGCCCCAGUUGACUUUAGACUCUCCCCGAUGAGUUCGUCCCAGAACAUCCAGAAGACCGACUUCUCCAGGCUUGGCGAGGACACAAGGAAGAGACGGGUUCGGGAGGAUGUUGAGGGGAAGAAACGAAAGAUGAAGAUGAAGAAGAAGGAAACUGAAGAAGAUAUGACAAGUCCUGUCUCGGGAACCUUUAUCAGGCGCCUUUCUGACGUUGACGUAGAGAUAAAGAAAGGCGAUAUCGACCCAACUCUUAACCUUGUGGAGGUCACCGAUGAAGCAAAGGAAGAACUGGCAAAGAUAGAAAACAAAAUUGGAGAAUACUUAUGUCGUCUUUGCAAGGAAGUGUACACUGACGCAUUUGGUUUGGCACAACACAGGUGUUCAAUGAUAGUACAUGUAGAGUACAAAUGUCCUGAAUGCGAAAAGAUGUUCAACUGCCCCGCCAACCUGGCUUCCCACAGACGUUGGCAUAAACCAAAGUUUGGAGUAACAGUACUUAACAACAACAACAUCCUGGGAGAAUACAACAACAACAACAACAACAACAACAACAACAACAACAACAGUUGUGAUGAGGAAGAUGAAAAUGAGAAGAGUACACAAUUAUCCUACUCUAUUCUGAACCUACUAAAAAACUCAACAGAUUAAUCUUUACUAAAUUUAUAUUUCACUUAAAAAUAAUAUUGUUAAAUUACGUUGAAGAAAAUAUCAUAUUAAGUUGAUUUCUCUUUGGAAGUUCAAAAACUUUCGAAGUUUGAUUAAAAAAUAACUUUCACAAAAAAUUGUUAAAUCUUGUAACUAAUUUUAAGAUGAUACAGGGUGUUUCUUUAAAACAGAACGUGCAUAAAAUUUGCUACAAAAACAAGAUUUUGUUUGUCCCGUUAAUAAUUUUAAUGUUAAAAAAGAAGAUCGGUUAAGAUUUGAGAAUAUGGCAUCAACUGCUGUAUAUUUUUUAAAAAGUCUAAGAGGAAAUAGAACCACCCACGACUAAACCUAAAAACGAUCGAAAGGACACCAUUUGGAUUCUGAAAAAGUCGGAUUCAUUUUCAGGAUUUAGUUUUUUGAUUAACCCAAGACUUUCUAGCAUAUUAUUUCCUGAAAAACAAGUUUUUUUGAUGUAUCCAUUUAUUCUGAAUUGGAAACUUAUGUGUUGGAAAUUCUUAAUCUUGAUUUCCACUCUGGACACUUUUGAUUUCGAUCCUCCAGCUGAAAUCCUCCAGCUGAAAUCCUACAGCUGAAAGUUCUCUCAUUGAUUACGCGCAAAAUUUACCAGCUUCUAAUUGGCUGUAUGGUUUAUACAACGUCAAUCUGAUUGGACAUUUUCGAGCAAAUAGCAUUGUGAUUUUCAAAAAAUAGAAUAAUGUGUGUAUUCUGAUCUCAAAUAUAUGAGCAAUACAAGAAACACAGCGAUUACCGAUCAGUUAUGGUUUCUCUCAUAUUUCUUCCCAGAAUUCCCAAGUUUUCCCUUUAACCAUUUAUAAUUCGUAUAUUCCCCUAAAAUCUAAACCGAGAAGAUAUAAGGUUUAAUAAAUAUUGAAAUCAAUUAAUAGAGAAAUGUCAGUGUUGGCGCCUCACGUAUGCUAAAGGGGGUCUACACUUUGACGGGAGACUGCAUUGAGGGGAAUUCAAAUAAUAAACUCUGGUUUAAACUUUUUUUGCUGUGUCCAGGAUCGA